AUGUAUACAACUGAGGCAUUUGGGAAUUUCUCAGUGUUUAGAGAGACUUCCGUUUCAAUGGCGGCCACCAACUAUCUCAGAAGUCCAGUUCGAAUCCGACCCAUGUCCCGUAGCAUUCUUAGUAGCAAGAAUUUACUCUGGAAUCAUGGAAUGAAGUGCCAGUGCAGCAGCAGCAGCAGCACUAGCAGUAGCGGCGUUGAUGAGAAGUCAGUGUUUUCACUCACCUCGUCAAGCAAGUACGAAGUUGAUUAUUUGGGAGAGAAAACCAAAGGAGAUUUGAAUGUCAAGGUGGAGCAUCUUGAGGCCUUUGGAAUUGAUAGUCAAGCAACUUUAAAAGGUCCAAUUGAGGAAGUGGCCAGGGUUGAGGCUGAAGAAGCUGAAGACUUGCUCAGAGACUUGGGUAUCCCGACUCCUUUUUCAUCAAGACAAUCACCUCGCGGCAUUUUUUGUAGCCGCACAUUGAAUCUUCGAUCAAUCAGUGCCAUUGGAUAUGAUAUGGACUACACCUUGAUGCAUUAUAAUGUGAUUGCUUGGGAAGGGAGAGCUUAUGAUUACUGUAUGGAGAAUUUGAAGAAAGUGGGUUUCCCUGUUGAUGGUCUUGCAUUUGACCCUGACUUGGUUAUUAGAGGCCUUGUCAUAGACAAAGAGAAAGGCAACUUAGUGAAGCCUGAUCGAUUUGGUUAUGUAAAGAGGGCUAUGCAUGGCACAAAGAUGCUAUCUAAUCGAGCUGUAAGUGAGAUGUACGGGAGGGAACUGGUGGACCUCCGGAAGGAAAGUCGAUGGGAAUUCCUUAAUACACUGUUCUCCGUCUCAGAAGCUGUCGCUUAUAUGCAGAUGGUUGACAGAUUGGAUGAUGGAACCAUAGCAGCACAACUUGGUCCACUUGAUUAUAAAGGGCUCUAUAAGGCUGUUGGAAGAGCCCUCUUCAGGGCACAUGUAGAGGGUCAACUAAAGAGUGAGAUAAUGUCUAAGCCUGAACUAUUUGUGACACCUGAUCCAGAAUUACCCCUAGCACUUUUGGAUCAAAAGGAGGCUGGUAAAAAGCUUCUGCUCAUUACCAACUCAGAUUAUCAUUACACAGACAAAAUGAUGCAGCAUUCCUUCAACAGAUUUCUUCCCAAUGAUAUGGGUUGGCGGGAUUUAUUUGACAUUGUAAUAGUCUCCGCAAGGAAGCCAGAGUUCUUCCAAAUGUCACACCCUAUGUAUGAGGUGGUGACAGGAGAGGGGCUCAUGCGUCCAUGCUUCAAGGCUAAAACAGGGGGAUUGUAUUCUGGGGGAAGUGCUCAGAUGGUUGAGAAUUCCCUAAAUAUUCAUGGAGACGAAAUACUGUAUGUUGGUGAUCAUAUCUACACUGAUGUUAGUCAAUCUAAAGUUCAUCAGCGAUGGCGGACAGCAUUGAUUUGUCGAGAAUUGGAAGAAGAGUUUAGUGCUUUGAUUCAUAGCCGGGGUCAUAGAGCAUCACUGGUAGAGCUUAUAAAUCAAAAGGAGGUCGUAGGGGAUCUUUUCAACCAACUUCGGCUCGCCUCACAAAGGCGAACUAAAGGACGCCCUGCUCAAACCCUUGCUGCAACAAACUUGGAUGAUCAUGAACUCUCAGAAAGCAUGCAAAAGCUACUUAUAGUUAUGCAAAGACUGGACCAGAAAAUUGCUCCAAUGCUAGAAGCAGAUGGAGAGCUCUUCAACAAAAGGUGGGGAUUUCUUUCCCGUGCAGGGUUCUGGGAUAAAAGCCAUCUGAUGAGACAAAUUGAGAAGUAUGCCGAUAUCUAUACCUCCAGGGUGUCAAAUUUCUUGCAUUAUACACCUUUCAUGUAUUUCCGCUCACAGGAACAGACGCUUGCUCAUGAUUCGUACUCAUACUACUGUUCGAGGUUUAAUGGGUCUGCUGUGGAUGACGAGGUCGACUUUAUGUUGUAGAAGUGCAUUUUUGGCUGUAAAUAUUGCUCAAGUUGACCAUGCUAAUUAUUGUAGCAUCUUGACUCCAUUGUUGUUCUGUAUGAAUGAUCCAGGCACUUUACAAUUUUCAAGGUUAUAAACUAAUAAUGAAUAAUAAUGUUUGAUUACUAAUUAGUAAUCAGUGCUUA